AUGUUAUCGAGAAAUGUCGAAAUUAAUCACAAACUACCUGUUUCGUUAGUAAUAACUACUAGAACUGUUUGCAUUGCCAUCUAACAUUUGCGGGCGGAAACUAAGUUAAGGUCCUAAUAAAAGCGUCGAAUUGUACACACAGUCUGCUGCGGAGAAAGCGACAUGACUCGACGCAUUGUUACAAACGAUGCAAGAGAUUAUGAGACGUAAAGCCAGUCUGAAGACUGGCAAUGUUAAAACUUCCUUAGUUAAGGCUGAUGACGUGACUAGGUGCAUGGUUUGUGAGGUUAUCUUCUCUGUGAUGAAACGAAAACAUAAUUGCUGGGCUUGUGGAAUAGUUUGCAGUAAAUGCUCAAAUCAGAAAUUAUUAUUUGAAGACAAUAAGAAUAUGAGAGUAUGCAGAUUAUGUCAUGCCGCGCUCACUCAGCCGCUCGCUAAAUCACCGUCAUCGCCCUCUGGACCAGUGCCAAGUUUGCUGCAGGUUUCAGCGUGCGCGCCUUCAGUAUUAUUUGACUAUCUGUUGUUGAAAACUCAGGCUAGUAAACCCUGGACCAGACAAGAUGGCGGUUCAAGAUGCACCAUUCUAGAAAAUGCUAUUAUCUUCAAGCAUCUUCUCAAGAGGACAAAGAGAAGUGGAUGCACGCGUUGGAGUUGA